CAGAGAUCUAAGGCGUAUGCAUUCCUCACCGCUGCGACAAAAACUACUGUUCGUUACGUACAUAAGCUGUUCUCGUUGCUGUAUCCUUGGAACGGAACGCCCUACUCCUCUGAGGUGGCUGCAGGCGUCUGGAACUUCUGGAUUCCACUGCCCGAAUGCGGACACUCUCUAUUCGACGUGUGGCACGUACUAACAGGCGGCACGAGAGCGGCACGGCAUCGACUGAGCCUCCCGUCGGCCGUGCAACGCUGGUGGCAUCUGCUCACACACCCCUCCGAGCUGUUCCAUCGAGUAGCCCCGCCGUUUACAGGUUACGGAGCGAUCGUCGGGGAAAAUCACUUUAUCACGCUGGAUGGCCUCACCUACACCCUGACUCCGUCCUGCGCCCACGUGCUGGCCACCGACGCCCGCGAUGGCCUUUUCACUCUUGUUUCGAGCCUAAACGUGACACAAAAUCGGCGCGAGUAUACCCUCUUCUUGGGAGACACAACGCUGAAGGUGUUGCCGGAUUUACAGGUGGAGGUGAAUGGCGACCGCGUCCCUCUGCCUUACUCCAGCGACGUCCUGAGCGUGAGGAGGGACCCCCAGCUCCUCUUCGUCAGCGCCAGGGACAGCCUCGGCCGCGACCUGGUGAUGGUCUCCUGCUGGGACUUCUACCACGCCUGCGUCGUCGGGGUGAGCGGGUGGCUCCACGCGGACACGAGAGGCCUCUUGGGACACUACGACCUCGAUCUCUCCAACGAACUCAUGAGACCCAGCGGCGGGGUGGCUCUCAGCGGAGAGGUGUUCAGUCAGAGCUGGCAGGUGGGGUCCAGCUGUCCGCCAGACCAAGUAUCGCUCGAAAUUCCAUCUAAUGGUCGAGCUCACCAUUUGUGUCGCAAGUUCCUCCUGCACUACGGUUCUGCGGCCUCCCCAUGCCAUGACUACGUUGACGUCCAGCCCUUCUACACGACCUGCGUCAGCCACCUGUCGCAGAUCCAAGAAAGUAAGGGCAGACCUGGCCCCGCGGCGAGAAAGCGCGGCAUGGCCUCCCGCAGGAUGCCGCGACGGGUC